AUGGAAAAUUAGAAUGAACCUCAAUUUAGAUGUCCUUUGAAAAAUCAUUCUAAAAAUAUAGAUAUGUUCUGUUUUGAUGAAAAUUGUAAAUAAUUUCGGCUCUCUUGUUAAGAUUGUUAUAAAGCUGGAUUCCAUAUUGACCAUUAAAAUUAUGUACUUUGGAUAUCAGAACUUAAUAAAGUAGUUUAAGAAUAAAAGAGAGACUUUUCUUCUUUUAUAUAACAAAUCGAACAACAUAUCAAUCAACUGAAUUUUCAAUUCUGUUAAUUUAAAGAAGUUCUAUAUUUUAAAUCAGAUGAAAUUAAUUCUUUUAAACUUGAAUCUCCUUAAUUAAUUAAUCAAUUUUUGUCCUUUUCUUUAUAAUUUUAAAAAGAAAAGUAAUUGAUUUUAAAUUAUGUUAAAAAAAUAAAUGAAAAUUUAAAAAACAUCAUUUAGUAAUUUAAGAAUAAUCUUUAAUUAAAGACUAUAAACUAGGAAUUGAAAAGUAAUAAAAUAAAUUAUUAAUUAAUGGAAGGUAAUUAGUUAUAUGAAAAUCAUAUUGCAGUAAUUGCCCUAAAUUUAGAUAAUUCUAUUAUGUUAGCUGGUUAUCAAUUUAGUUAAAUUAAAGUAUUUAGUUUUAAAAAUGGAAUAUUGUCUUUAAUUUAAACAUUAAAUGAUCAUAAAUUUAAUGUGCAAUCUUUGUAUUUUAUGAAAAGAUAAAAUUCUUUUAUAUCUGGUAGUAAUGAUAAAACUAUUAUUGUUUGGAAUAAUUAAAAUAGUUAAUAGUUUUAAAUUUAACAGAUAUUAGAAGGACAUAAUAGUGGAAUCUCUUAAUUAAUUAUGAAUAAAUAAGAAGACUUGAUUAUUUCAGGUAGUCACGAUGGUACCAUCAAAUUUUGGAAGUAAUAAAAAAGAUGGAAUUGUUAUUAGACAUUUUCCUAACAUUAAAGUUCUAUUUUUUUUAUCAGCUUAAAUGAAUCAGAAAAUUUAUUAAUUUCAGGAUCUGGUUAAGAUAAUCAUAUAUCUAUCAUCUAAUAUUAAGCAGAGGAGUAAAAAUGGAUUUUAAUGCAAACUAUUAGUUUAGAAAUGAAAGGAGCAAGAGUUUAAUUUAUUGGAGAAAAUUAGUUUACUUUUUAACCUUAUAAAUUAGAUAAGAUUCAUUUAUAUACAAAACAUUCUUUGAAUUAAUAUUUUUUUAAAACUCAAGAAUUUAAUGUAAAGUCAAGUCCUGGUUUUGAAUAUCCAUUUACAGAGAAAUGGAUAAAAUCAAAGUCUUUACUUGUAAGUAAAAAUGGAAGUGUAAUAAAUUUGAUAAAAGUUACACUAAAUGGGGAAUUAAUCACUGAAUAAUCAAUAGAAUUUAAGACUUGUUCUAUUUCAGGAACACUUUCUGAUGAUGGAAUGUACUUAUUUAUAUGGGAUAUGGAUUCAAAGAAAAUUUAGAUCAGAAAAUUAUAAUAAAAUAAAUUUUGA